CCCGACUGUCGUCGAAGGCUUUUGUAUCAGACUGAUUUAUAGAUGGAAAAUUAUCUUUCUGUUUUGUCGAAUUCGGACUCUCGAAAUGAAAAAUCUGCUACAAAAGCUCUUCAACAGUUUUGUGUUGAGAACGAGAAGACUUUUACCUUUUUCCAGCUAGAUGUCGGCUCCAGGAAACAAUUUAUUGAUGUGAUCCUCAGCAAGUUGACAGCUAAGAAUUUGGAACUUGAAUUCAAAGCACACGCUCUCUCUGCCUUGCGAAUUUUAAGCAGGGAUAAAGAUGGCCUAGGAUCGCUGUCUUCAGAAAAAUCUACCUUUACUCUGCUAUCACUAGCUGAGCUUCUUCCUUCCGAAGAGACUGUAGCUUCGAGCAAGUGGUGUUCGAACGAUUCUGGCAACGGAACAGGUGAUACAGGGCAAGAUAAAGAAGAUGGUGGUCUCUCAAGAGUUGUUGCUAGUAGCGAUGUGGUCAUAGAAGCGCUAAAAUGCUUAUGUAACGUUGUUUACCACAGCCCAGUAUCGCGGCAACAUUGUUUCAAGUUGCGAUGCAUUGAAGCUAUUCUUGACAGAGUAAAGAAAUGGUUCGACAAUAGUUUGUUGGUGUCUGACGUAAAAUAUUUUGAUUUGAGGCUUCUUUUCUUAUUAACCGCCCUCGAAAACGCUGCAAGAAUGGAAGUUGUUGCUAAUAAUGGCUUUUGUGUGCUCACUCAUGCACUGGAUAGCAGUAUUCCAGGAAAGGAGCAGAGAAAAAUUUGUCAUGAAAUGAAAGUUAGAGAUGGCUGUGGACAGUUUACUGGAGCCAAACUGUACAUGAUGACAGUGGCAGAAAGGUACAAUUUGAGUUUAAUUAAACAGAUAAGUAGAUAUACAGUUAACUCCCAUGUAAAAGAAACUGCAGAUUAAGAAUGUCUGCUUAUAGGCUUAAAUUUGGCUAAUAGAGCAACUGUGUACUCUGUAAUAAGAACCAAUUCAGCCUGACAAAUGAAGUAGGUUCUUACAGUAUACAGAAAAAUUACAUGUAGAGUAGAUAACACUGCCGUAGAUUUAUUUAUGUAGAUAUGUGUCUUGCACCAUUACAAACACAUAGUGGGUAGUUUCACAAAAUACAGUCAAAGCUGUCCUUGUGACCACUCUCAUAAGCACCAGCUCUAGUUACGACCACCUUUAUGAAAACUGGUUUGAACUGGUGACCUAAACCUUGUAAUGAAAAGCUCUCGUAAGAUUCCGCUCCCAUAAGCGACCAUGAACACUUUUGGGAUCACCCAGCUUGACUUUUCCUUUGUUUUUAAGCUCUUGUAAGCGACUGCUAGAGUCUUAUUCAUAUAAAUCAACACUUUAAGGAACCUGCACAUUGUGCUAAUGGUUCAUUGACAAAGAUCUUAUACAGUGCAGUAUGGCAAUGACUACUCACAGAGCCUGACAUCAAUAUGAAGCUCUCUUAAGCGACCACCCUCCAUUGUUUUACCUUAACGUCGCUUUAAAUACGAGAGUUAACUCUGGUCAGCGACCAGCUCUACAGUAGUUACGACCAUUUUUUUCAAAUUUCCGAGGUGGUCGCUUACGAGAGCUUUAAUUGUAUAUUAAUAUCUAGGGGGGGAAUCCUGGUGGACAGGAAUGCCCAUUGGAAAAAAAAGAAUUAAAAUGCUAAAGGAGACUAUGAAUAAUCUGGGCAUAGCUAAAGCUUUAAAUGAUAAUAAAAGCAAUAGUGAUUUUUUUGGCAUCAAUGACUGUAUAUAAAAUGUUAAAAUGACCUUUCGUGACCAUAAUUUUUGUAUUAAACUAUUGUUUGUAAGUAGGACUUUCUCGAUUUUGUUUAUUUAUUCAUUACUUAAUUUUUGUUUCAUUUUUUAUGCUAAAUUUUUGGUUGAGGGCCACGCAUAUAUUAUCUGUGGAUAUCAAGUGAAACCCUCAUUAAAAAAAAGCAUCUAUCUAUCUAUCUCUAUAAUGCCAUUUUGUUGGCAAAACAGACCUUUAGAAUUGUCUUGAUUUCAGACUUCUAAUUUGGAGUUUUUGAGGUUGCAAGUGCAGUUGUUAAGUUGUUAUGUCUUUUUUUAUAUUGCGUCUAUAAUUUUUCAAUUGAUUAGUUCGCAAAGGACUGUUAAUUGUUAAUAGUUAAACUUGUAUUUGCAAUAGUCAUUUUUAAAUUUAUAGUAAAAAUAACCUUCACAUCCUUACAUUUUUCUUUAUAAAAACUUCUUUACAGGGCUGCAAUUGAAGAAAACCCAAUAACCUACACUGCUUCACGGGAUGAAAUUCGCUUAUCUGCUGAAAUCCUAAAAAUAAUGUUUAACAUCACAAUAAAUCUUCCAGAGCCUGACAGUACAGAUACCAUGGAACACUGUGAGAGGAUUGUGUUUAUUGUACGUUCAAUCCUUGUACAUCUUAACCCCUUGCCUGAACAGUCAGAGAACCUUCCAAAUCAUGCCAUCAAUAUUGUAAGCAACAUGCCAAGUAGCUGCCUCAAAUAUCUGCUGUGGACUAUGCCAUCCAGUGUCUGUAAAAGUCUUGCACAAGAUUUUGAUAGCAGAACUUCAUCAAAGAGGUUUAGGUUUCAGUUUGAGGUAAUACAUGCUAUAACAUACACAUGACUGUAGUGCAUGAAAAGUUUGGCAUCUUAAUCAGUUAAUAGAAAGACAUAGUUAUCAUUUUGAUCCUUUAAAGGGUCACUACAUGGUACACCUGUCUUGUAACUGUGCUCGUUUGAAUUUGGGCACAAAAUUUAGUUUUAACAUUAAUUUUAUGGUGAGAUUGUACAUUUACAUACACUGUUGUUUCUAACCUAACAUUUACCAUUUUCACAGAGACCAUAAUGCACCUGGUCUACUGCCAAAAAUUUUACAAAAUCAUUGUUUCCAAUUUCUCCUGGAUAUUAUGUAUAGAUGUACCAAGAGAAAUUAUAGACAAGCGUUACGCAAAAUUUCGGGGAGUAAACAAGGUGUAUUAUGGUCUUGAUGAAAAUGGUGAAUUUUUUAAGCGUUUUCUCAAUCUAAUCAAGACAUACAUGUAUCACUAUUAUUAUUAUUAUUAUUAUUAUUAUUAUUAUUAUUAUUAUUAUUAUUAUCAUUAUUAUUAAACUGAAUAUUAGAUAUAUGUGACCAAGCACAGGAUUUCGAACACUAACGCUUUUCCGUUAAACAAGUAAAUCUUGCUUGCAGGGUGGUCAAUAACGGCCGGUAGCUGGCCAAAACCACCGGCUAGUUAGCCAUCCUUAGCCGGCUUCUUUCAUCUCCUUCUACUAUAUUGCUAACAAAAAGUAAGCACCAUCGAAUAAAAUUGUAAAGCAUCCGUUUCCCAGUUUUCGAUGACAUUGAACACAUAUUUAAACAGGUUUAGAGCAAUGUAAAACUUUCGAAUCAUCCGAUGUUGUGGAACACCUGGUACAUUUCGACAUCAUUCUUCCGAGUCUCAUGGAAACUACCUCCUGAAAAACCCCUGGAAAAACAAUUUCCAAGACUCUAAAUUUCAAAAUGUCCCUAGAUGCCUCGGCCCUCAAGAACUUUUGCCUUUGGUGCGAGUUCCAAAGCCGCAUACUACUCAUUAUCAGCCUGCUUCUUAAAAACUUUUUGACAGCCCUGAGCUUGCUUACCUUUUUCUAGCAUUUGCCUUUCUAAGAUCUCAGCACUCACGAAUUGUUCUCUUUACAAUGUACCCCAUAGAACUUCAACAUGCUGGCAAUUCAAACCAUGCUAAAACUUCUUGAUGAUCGUCUUAAGUCAAACGGCCGGCCACUGCAAGAAAAAGUCGUUCCCCUCCUUAGCGCAUUGUGUCAAUUGGCUCGAGGAGACAGGAUAAUAAGAAGGUAUCUGCGCAGAGAAGUUUUACCGCCUCUUGGACAUGUGGGGACAACUCGACCUGAAGAAGGUCAUUUGAUAAGAAAUGAGCUUGUCCGCCUAAUGACAUCACCUUUGGAGGAUAUCAAGGUUUGUUACAAGCUGUUUGAUAUCAAGUACACUGGGGUAAUUUACAUAUGUAAACAUUCAGUGUCUAAUGUAAUGUGUGGAAUAAUCCAUAUGGUUUAUUGCAAUCCACACUCAGGGGAUAACAUGCUUAGAAUAAUGUUUAUUACUUGUACAGGAAAUAGGAGUGUCCACUUGUUAUUAAAGUGCUACAGUACAUUCAUGCCUGUUGUGUAGAGAAGACAUUUCUUCAUGAAAAACCUUGAAUCAGUGGAUAGGGUUAAAUUCAGAAACACAGAGGAUUGUUUGUAAUACAUAGUAAAUGGAAUGGUUUAAAAAAAUACAUGUACUUCUGGGCUUUUUUAUCAGGAGCUAGUUGCAGACUUCCUGUUUGUUCUGUGUAAAGAGAAUGUCAAUCGACUCAUUAAGUACACUGGGUAUGGAAAUGCUGCAGGACUACUGGCAUCCCGUGGCCUUAUGGGAGCAGCUCAGUCUCAAGGGAAUGGAGGCAAUUACUCAUCUGAUGAUGAAGAUUCCGAGACUGAAGAAUAUGCAAUGGACAAGUCAGAGAUUGAUCCUAUGAUUGGUGAGUACUUUGGAAGUACUGAUGGUACUGAACCAAAACAAAGAUGCUCUUACUUGACUGAACCAAGUAAAUGACAUUAUAAUAACAAUAAUACCUUCUUAUUCCUGUUAUAUCUUCAUCACACUCUUUAUAGUAAUAAAGAAAACUGAGAUUCAAGCCAUUGCCAUCAUCAUUAUCAUCAUCAUUAUCAUCUUAAUUGGCAAUAUUUAUAGCACAGAGACUAGUGGGACCAGGCAAAUGACUGAAAGAAAUAAUUUAAAUUCAAAUUAAUGGCAGGGAGAAGGAGGAUUUGAACUCAGGACCACCAUGAACAAAUCCUGGUAAUGGUCUGUGCGGGACUUGAAGACUGGGCCACCUGAUUGCAAAUCCGACACUCUAACCAUUCAACAACACUGCCUCACUUCAUGUUUUUCUCGUUAUCAGGUGCAAUUCCAAAAGAUGAUGGAAAACCUAAUCCUCUGGAUGAAAUGAGUGAGCAAGAAAAAGAGGAAGAAGCCGAGAAACUGGUAUCAUUAAUCCAUGACCUGAACAGAAGGGGUGUGAUAAGGACAGCCCAGGUGGGCCCUGAUGGUAGGCCACAAGAGUGCCUAGGGGAGGAACGAGUGAGUGAUGAGGCUUCAGCAGCUGUAGAGACAAAUAAAGCAACGGAAAAUGGAAACAGGGACUGAUGAUAAUCAAGGAACUUCAUCAAGUUAAAUUUAGUGAUAGUACCAGCAUACUUGUAAUAAACUGUAAAAUACUUUAGCUAUCAUAAAAGAGGCCAUUUUACAGCUAUAGAUGGAACUGAGGCUGGAGCUGAUCUUGUUUUGAUACAACCCUUCCUGCUUAUAUUGUGUAAAUCUUGUUGUUCCAGAUUAUGCCAACUAGUAUUUUUCAAGCACAAUUUUCAUAAAAAUGGAGGUUUUUUAUGUUAAGGAAGUCAACCUCAGCCUCACAUUCACUCAAAGGCUAGGCUACUGAGCCCACAACUGUAAAAUGGUGUAUUCUCUCAAAUUAUACAAGAAAAAAGUCAAAUCACUGCAAAUGUUAUAAGAUCGCCUCGAGUUGUUUUAUCAUUGCAAGUUGUAGUACAGUGAUGAAAUA